ACGGCCUUAUCAGGUCGGUGCGGCGAUGCUGACGGCUCGAUCUUCGUACAGCGAGCGCAUCGAGUUUUCGUUGUUGAGACGCUUGCAGCAGUGUGAGCCUCGGGGUGCGACCUCCUCCCAAAUCCCUUCCUCCAUCGAGCGCAGAAUAUGUCGACAACAACUUCACAGAGUAUUCAGGUCAGGAGAGGCGGCAUCGCCGCCCGUCUUGUUGCUGAGCCCCUCAACCUUCCGAAAGGACGGCGUCUAUACGAACUGCACGCCGAAGCUGACACCAUCACGUUUGCCGGUAGCGUGCGAUCACUAGUUGGUAUGAGGAAUCGUUCGUUCCGGGUUGUUUUUCUAUUCGCUGACUAUAAUUCUCUUAAUGUGGGCAUUGUAGGUCGCCGCACGGACGUCAGCUCAAAUUGCAUUUCAGCCCCCAUGGCAGGCCCUCAGGGACCCACAGUCAGACGCUUGAAGAACAACGCGACAAAUCACAAUCUCUCGCUCGAUCUUAGCUUCGCAUUAGAGCGCUCAGCUGCAAUCCUGCGGCUCAGAGCACUCUAGCUAGGUUGAGGAAAAGGUCCCCGUACCACGGCGAAUCAACCCUCUCCAC